CCAGCCUGGGUGGAAGGGGAGGAGCAGGCUGAGGCUGUGUGCUCUGCUCCCAUGUUGAUAUUUGUUGUUUGCGAGGGUGGCAGCGACGUGCGUGGACAGGAACACGAUGUGAGCGGAGGGCUGUCGACUGGCCUGGCAGCGCGUUUACCGGGAAAAGCUGUAACUUUUCUUCCAAAUCCCUGGCUGGAUGUUGACGGUAUCCGCGGAUGGUUGCUGUAGAAACAGUUGGCCAUAUGGCUGCUCGGUCGGUGUUGAGCGCAGGGACUCGUUGAGGAUGCUGGAGCUCGUCUGAGAGCACCCCGCCGUGUGUGGAGCCGUGUCUGGAUUUCCCUUCGCUUCCACAACCAACUUAUUUUUUUCUUUUCUUAAACCGACGAGUCAAAUUAAAAACUCAUUUGUUUAAACUUAUUUUUUAAAAAGAUGGUGUCAUUCGCUUUGUCCUCGGCUCGUAACAAACCCGGGUAACGAGAGGAGAAGCUACGCGACAACACACCGACACGACGACUUUCCCUCGAGGCUCCUCUGCCCCGGGAUUUGUUCAGCUCUGGGGAUUUUAAUCAGCCGUUGAUGCAUCUCGGGGUGUCAGAGUCCAUGAGAGAGUGCGAGUACAGCCAGAUCAGUACUCGCAGCUCGACACCGAUGGAGACCCCGUACAAGAAAAGGACCCCAAAGAAGAGGAAGUGGGAGAUCUUCCCGGGGCGGAAUAAGUUUUACUGCGAUGGCAGGAUUAUGAUGGCCAAGCAGACGGGGGUUUUCUACCUCACCCUUAUCCUCAUUCUAGUCACUUGUGGACUUUUCUUCACCUUUGAUUGUCCGUUCCUGGCGCAGCAGUUGACUCCAGUCAUCCCGGUCAUAGGAGGUGUGCUGUUUCUGUUUGUGCUGGGGACGCUCCUGAGAACGAGCUUCAGUGACCCCGGAGUGCUGCCCAGGGCCACCCCAGACGAGGCCACUGACCUGGAGAGGCAGAUAGAUGUGGCUAAUGGCGGUACCGGCUACAGGCCCCCUCCCAGGACUAAGGAGGUGGUCAUCAACGGCCAGACAGUCAAGCUGAAGUAUUGCUUCACCUGCAAAAUCUUCAGACCACCGCGUGCCUCCCAUUGCAGCCUCUGUGACAACUGUGUGGAGCGCUUCGACCACCACUGUCCCUGGGUGGGGAACUGCGUGGGGAGGAGGAACUACCGCUUCUUCUACAUGUUCAUCCUCUCGCUCUCCUUCCUCACCAUCUUCAUCUUCGCCUUUGUCAUCACGCACAUCAUUUUAAGCUCUCAUCAAAACGGCUUCCUCAGCGCGCUUAAAGACAGUCCUGCCAGUGUGCUGGAAGUGGUGGUGUGUUUCUUCUCUGUGUGGUCCAUCGUGGGCCUCUCAGGCUUCCAUACCUACCUGAUCAGCUCCAACCAGACCACCAAUGAAGACAUAAAAGGUUCAUGGUCAUCUAAAAGAGGGAAGGACAACUAUAACCCCUACAGCUAUGGAAACAUAUUCACCAACUGCUGCGCAGCGCUGUGUGGACCCCUGCCACCGAGUCUCAUCGACAGACGCGGCUUCGUCGAGGCAGACGUGCCACAGUUGGCACCACCAACCAAUGGUAUCACUAUGUACGGCUCCACCCAGUCUCAGCAGAGCCACACGUGUGACCAAGACCAGUGCAUUCAGAGCACCAAAUUCGUUUUGCAGGCCGCCGCCACCCCGCUACUCCAGCACCAGAGCAGCGAGCCCGUCAUCCUAACCACAUCCCCUGAAAACGGAGGGACGCUACCUGGCCGUGCCUCCCUCGCCCUGACGGGGCCCUGCACCUCGCUGCCCCUUGGCCAGCCCACCCCUCCGACCUCCACCUCCAGCUUAAGCUGCCACGAGGCCGCCGACAAGCUGCCGGUCCAUGGACACACCCUCACACACAACCACAGCAACCCCCUGCAGGAGUCGGUGUUCCAGCACCACUUCCUUACGCCAGAGGAAGUGCCGUCGCCGCCCGGCAUGCUUCACUGCGGCAGCCCCAUGGGCCACAGCCACACCACGCAGGCCGGCUUCUACGACCCGGCCAGCCAGGACUCGCUGCACGAGGACUCUGUCAGAGGGCUGGUGAAGCUCAGCUCCGUCUGACGCCCCUCAUGAAAACACUGAGAUCGCUGAAGUCAGCUGACCCCCACCCACGCUCACAGGUGGUGGUUUAAACUCAGCUGCUGGAACCUGUAGACCUAAAUCAGAUUUGUCUUCAGAGGUUUUUCUUCCCAAACGUCUCAGCUGGAACUGGAAGAUCAUUCCUGUUAUUUUUGUUUGAAACUCCAGGGAAGUUUAAUCCGUUAACUCUUUGGAAACUUCACAGGAGACGUUUCAGGUUUUUGUUCCACUUCAAGCAAAAAAUAUCCAAAAUAAAAGUUUGGGUGAGAAGUGUCGCAGCUCUGACUCACUUCUUUUCUAAAACUUUCUCCUGUGUGCCCGUUGCUGAUUGGACGGUGUCUUCUUGCCUUUUUUUCUUGGACAUGGUCAGCAGUGCGAUGGUUGAUGUCUUCAUGUUGCAUAUCAUCAAGCUUUUCUAUGUAAAAGAGACUGUUGUAUUGUACUAUGGUUAUUACAACUUACAGAUUAUAUUUCCUGUGGAUAUUAAUAAAACCAUCUUUUUAUCA